AUGAGGUGGGCCAUAUUGGAAGCAGACAGCCGAGAAUCAAUAACAAAGAUGAAGCUUUUAUCAUUCAAAUUCAAAUUGGACCUCCUGUUGCUGUGUGUCUCAUUCAGCCUGCUUUGGAUUGUAGCAGACUGUAAUAACAUGUCAGAACUAGAUACAACAAAUAAGACAGAACUGACAAUAAGGGUGGAAACUACUCCUAGGGUAACAACAACAAUAAAACCUGCCAACCCUGCAGAUGUAAGACAAGUAAAUAUGGUGAGACAGAAUGAAAGCAGUAUAACUUUAGAGUGGGACAAAGUGGAUAACAUCCUGACAUACAGACUGAAGAUGAAUGGUGGUGAUGCUAUAGAUGUAACUGGCACUGCUGAUGAUAUAGUAAACUAUGUGGUCUCUGGUCUGACUGCUGGAACAAGAUACAGUUUUAUUCUUUAUACCGUGUUACAUGGAAUCAGCAGCUCUGGAUAUUCAUUCACUGCUGUGACAGCUCCUUCUGAUGCUAAAGAGUUUAAACAUAUCAACCAAACUGAAACCAGCAUAACUCUGCAGUGGACCAAAGUAGGGGACAUCAAGAAUUAUACUCUAAAAAACGAUGGAACAAAGGCUGAUGAAAGUUUCUCUGAAGACAAUGGAAUUUUCACCGUCAUAGUCCCACAUCUGACCAGUGGCACUAGAUACAGCUUCACUCUCUACAAUGUGUUUGAUUAUGCUGAAAGCAAAGGAAUUAGCAUCACUGCAGUCACUGCUCCUUCUGAUGCUAAAGAGUUUAAACAUAUCAACCAAACUGAAACCAGCAUAACUCUGCAGUGGACCAAAGUAGGGGACAUCAAGAAUUAUACUCUUGAAAACGAUGGAACAAAGGUUGAUGAAAGUUACUCUGAAGACAAUGGAAUUUUCACCGUCAUAGUCCCACAUCUGACCAGUGGCACUACAUACAGCUUCACUCUCUACAAUGUGUUUGAUUAUGCUGAAAGCAAAGGAAUUAGCAUCACUGCAGUCACUGCUCCUUCUGAUGCUAAAGAGUUUAAACAUAUCGACCAAACUGAAACCAGCAUAACUCUGCAGUGGACCAAAGUGGGGGACAUCAACAAUUAUACUCUUAAAAACGAUGAAACAAAGGUUGAUGAAACUUACUCUGAAGACAAUGGAAUUUACACCGUCAUAGUCCCACAUCUGACCAGUGGCACUACAUACAGCUUCACUCUCUACAAUGUGUUUGAUUAUGCUGAAAGCACAGGAAGAAGCAUCAAGGCAGUCACUGCUCCUUCUGACACUGAAACAUUUCAACAUAUCAACCAAACUGAAACCAGCAUAACUCUGCAGUGGACCAAAGUGGGGGACAUCAAAGAUUAUACCCUUUCCUACAAUGGAAAGGAUGUUAACAUAACUAACACUGAAGGAAAUGGAAAAUACACAGUCCCACGUCUGACCAGUGGCACUAGAUACAGCUUCACUCUCUACACUGUGUUUGAUUAUGCCAGAAGCAGAGGAAAAAACAUCACUGCAGUCACUAUGAGGGACAUCAACAGUUACACCCUUUCCUACAAUGGAACUGAGGUUAACAUAACUCACUCUGAAGGAAAUGGAAAAUACACAGUCCCAGAUCUGACCAGUGGCACUAGAUACAGCUUCACUCUCUUCACUUUGUUUGGUUAUACCAGAAGCAGAGGAAAAAUCAUCACUGCAGUCACUGUUCCCAGUCAGGUUUCCUCAGUCAACGUUACAGAGCGCUUUGAGGACAGGGUCACUCUACAGUGGCAUAAUCAAAAUAAAGAAUGGAAUUACACGCUAACUGUUAAUGACAAGGAUAUGGAAAUUAAUCAAAAUGUUCAUGAUAUUGUAUCAUAUUCAGUCACUAAUCUGAAGCCUGGAACAAAGUAUUCAUUCAUCAUCACCACCAUCUUCUCUGGAGUCCUGAGCACUCCUUACCGUGGUGACACAGUGACUAAAAUCAACUGUAAUAGUGUAACCUGGCAUGUUACGAAUUCAUCAAUCAAAGGAACAGUUGAAGGCCUGUUUACUAAAGCAACUGCCUCCUAUAAUUCUAACACGCAUGACAGUCCAGAAGGGAAAAACGUGUCAUUUACUGGCCUCUAUCCUGGUGCAACAUAUGAAAUUUCUCUUAAAUAUAACCUGGCAUCCACAGAUCUUACUCAGUGUAGCAUCAAAAUACCCAUCAUUCCUCCUUCAGUAACUGCUGACUGUAGCUACUGGGCCUCUGGUUAUGGUGCUAAGAUUAACAUGAAACCACUCGAUGGUGUGCUGACUGGUGUGGAAGUUACAAUAAAUAAAAAAACUUUAACAAUAAAUGAAACUGUUAUUAAAACUGGACUCAUUGUAAAGGGACUUCAACCCGCCAAAAGAUAUGAAGUCUCUUUGGUUUCACAGCUGGAGGCAGAAAAUGUUAUCAGACGAUCUGAACCAUCAGUUUUUUUCUGUUCGACUGAUAACAGAGGAGUCAUUGCAGGAUCAUUGGUUGGUGUGCUGCUAUUUGUUGUUCUGAUCUGUUUGAUCGUAUUUAUCGUCCGUAAAAGACCAGAUUUGAUCCGAAGAAAGAAAUCCUUUCUUUCUGGAUCCCAAAAGUCAGAUUCAAAGGCAAAAGCCAUUCCUUUGGAUCAGUUCCCAGACCACUUCCAUCAGCUGGAAUUAGAUGAAAACAGAGGUUUCAGUCAAGAAUAUGAGUCCCUUGCUUCUGUUGGCAUUGACCAAACUCGCAAUGCAGCCACUGUGCCAGAAAAUAAAGCGAAGAACAGAUUCACCAACAUCCUUCCUUAUGAUUGGAGUCGUGUGAAACUUGUUGGUUCAAAUGUUACUUCAGACUACAUAAAUGCUAACUACCUACCUGGUUACAACAGCAACAAAGAGUACAUUGCCACACAGGGUCCUCUGCCCUCCACAGUCAAUGAUUUCUGGAGGAUGGUUUGGGAACAAAAAGUGAGGAGAAUUGUCAUGGUUACCAAUUGCAUUGAAGCAGGACGGACCAAGUGUGAACAAUACUGGCCUGAAGACAGAAAGCAGUGUCGAUACGGAGAACUGACGGUCUCCAAAAAGUCUGAGGAAAAGGAAUCCAACUGGAUCCAGAGGGAGUUUACACUGAAACAUAGUAACGACCCAGAGCAACGUACAGUGAAACACUUCCACUUCACUGCCUGGCCUGACCAUGGAGUACCUACGAGCACAGAAGUGCUGAUCCGUUUCAGGAGACUCAUGAGACAGCACAUAGAAAGUGAAGGGAGUAAAGCACCAACUGUGGUUCACUGCAGUGCUGGCGUAGGGAGGACGGGCACCAUUAUCGCCCUGGACGUUCUGCUUCAGCAGCUUCAGCGAGAAGAGAAGGUUGGCAUCAAAGGCUUUGUUGAAAAGAUGAGGCGGCAUCGAUCACAUAUGGUGCAGACAGAGUCCCAGUAUGUCUUCCUGCACCAGUGCAUCAUGGACAGCCUGCAGCUUCCUGAGACACAGGAGGAAAACGUAUAUGAGAACGACCAUAUAUAUGUCAACGCCACCGCUCUCAAAAAUUUACGUUGACAAAAGAUGAAUCAACUCCCAGCCCUGCACUAGGAUUUAUUGCACUUAAUGACAAACUAAUAAUGUUAGAUUAAUGGUACUGAUAUAUAUUUAAUAUGUAUAUUCAAUAUAAUAUUCAAUAUUCAAUAUAAUAUGAAUAUUUUUAUUGUGAAAGAAUGCUUUUAUAAUUUAAAUUAUGGCUUGUCUCAUCUGCCAGCUGUUAUUAUUCUAUUAUUAUAAUUAUUAUAAUUAUACCCGCAAAUGAGCAGAAAAUAUUUAAAACUGUGCUAGAAUUAUAGAGUUGUUAAAGUACAAAGUUGUAAUUUGUACAAAGAAAUAAAACCUUCUAUUUUCAAAA